CCCGACCAAAGAAAUAUACGCUAGAAUAUUGUCGUAGUUGGCAACAUUGACAACCUUGAGACUCACUCGGGACUUACGCGCACCGCGCCGACUCAGUAACAUUGUGACGUGAGGAAAAGCAACAGGCUACAUGUCUAGUUUUUGUCCCACAUUAGAGGGGAAUUCUGAAUAAUGAUAAGGAUAUAAAAGCGAGGUGCUGCUCAACAUGCGCCAUACACAGACUCACAGAACGCAGCAAAUGAUGUAACAUCCACGCGAGUCGCUUCCAUCGGACAGCCAUUCCUCUCUGGCCGCCAUGGCCUCCUCCAUUCCGGCGCCGGCCACUUUCGCCAGGCUGCACCACACCAUGAAGUACAUUCAGCGCAUCCUGGCUGAAGUUCACAAAAACUUCUCUCUUCUGAAUAGAAGGAGCCUCGACGAUUUCUUUGAGCAGGAGAAAAGCAAGCAACGCUGGGCAAAGAGGAUGUUCGUCGACCACAGGGAUAUAAUAGAAUCGGACACCCCGCCGGAAGAAUUUGACUGCCAUCUGCUCUACAAGAUGAUAAAAUACAUGGAUAACUUGGCUAUAUAUAGUGACCCUGUCUGGGAGAGCAACAGUAUGGACUCGAUCGAGAGUUUGGUGCACUAUGUCUUCCGAGAGUGGGACGAACUAAAAGAGGGCUUUGCCUUGUCAGAGCAAAGCCUGAGCCACAGACUCGACAGCGUGCAGGAUGCCCUUGUUCGAAUUGUUACCAAGAUUGAAGGAAGAAAAGGCAUUGAGCUCAAACACUUGAAGGUAGACGUACACAAGGAGUUCAACUCAUCGCUAUCCACGAGUUUUCCAUACAUUUACAAAGUCUCGGCUCAACAUUCAAUACACCGCAUGCUAGUAUUAUUGUACAAACAGUUAAAUCAACUCAAUGGCAAAAGCGUGGAGGUUUACCGUAAAGAGAAAUUUGAGAUUAGAAAUCCACUAUUUGCAUUUACUCCCGCAGAAAAGAUGAUGUUAAGGAAAAACAUCUGUCCUGAAAAGAUGCCAAUCCGUCUGGUCUUUAAACUCCUUGAGCGUGUGUGUGGUCUGGAACGCCAGAAGGGCCCUGCGUGGAGUAAAAAGUCUGACAGAGUGGAGUACUUACUCACCUGUAUCAUUAAAAAUCACCAGGAAAUUGUAUAUAGUGCUCAGAAUCUCGAUUAUGACUGGCCCUACGAGCUUUUCCAGCUAUUUGAAAAAGCGUUAGAUGCAACUGUGAAAGUCACAGGCAGGAUGAGUCAAGAGAUUAUGAAGGAGAUGCCUGAUGAACCAGUCCAUCUGAAUGAAGCUUAUUCUUGUAGUGUUCUGUGCAAAACUCUCACCUCUUAUGACAGUUUUGGCACUAUAUCAGAGCCAGAACCUUCUUCACCUUCCAGUACCACUCCACCAGCACCACUACCGAGCCUAGAAAGUCUCUCUAUUGAAGAGAUUAAUAUUGCAUGUUUAUUCCAAGCUGUAUGUUCGAAGGGACCUGCAGUGAGGACGAUGGUCACCGUGUUCCGGUCAUUUAAAGGUGACAUUGCGAAGAUUAAGUCUGGCAAUAAGAAAAAAUUAGGCCUUACCCACGGCGAUGUAAAGAAACUUGAAAAUGGGGAACCAUUAGAAAAUUUAGACAUUACAUUGCUUUAUAAACUCAUACAGUCGGGCUGUGAAGGCUUAGCUCCCCAAAAUGAUCCUGUUUGGUAUACUCCAGGAGAUACACUGGAAUACCAUUUGUACUUAUUAAAAUAUGAAAGGAACACACUGUUCCAUUCCAGGGUUUCUCUACCUGAGAGAGAACUGAAAGAGAAACUGAGGAAAAUUUGGUGUAUACUGAAAUACAUUUUAGAGGAAACUGAAAGGCAAGCUAGGAUAGACUUGAAUGCUCAAAUAUCAGAAAUUCAGAAAGACAUUCUUAGGUUGGAGAAACCGCCUGUUCGACAGGCAGAUAUUGACACCUAUCGACAGGAAGUGAAAAUGCUGCGGGAGCAACUUUGCUAUGACCUCCUACAAAAAUGUCGUAAGGAACUUUCUGAGAAGUACAAUCAGGCCUCGGCAAAACUCGCAUCACCGGUUACCUGGAGUUUACAUCCCGCACACAAAAAGCUGACAAUUGAGAAGGUUUUUACCGAACCUGAAAUCGAUUACUCUCGAAGUGAGCUGAGACUGAAAUCUACUCUGUCUUUACUAGACAGCGAGCUGCAGAGUCCCAACAAAGUGAUCCUGUAUGGAGUAGCUGGGACAGGGAAAACUUCAAUAUGCCAGUUUUUGACACACACCUGGGCGAACAAAGAUGAACAUGGCUCUACCUGUGAUAUAUUAAUUUUAAUCAAAUGCAAAACCACGAGGCAAGAUAAUCUAGUAGAUUUCCUACUGGUUUUCCUUCCAGAAAGUAUGAAAGGAGUACAUAAGAAUGAUAUCAUGGUGCUAAUGCAGAAUUUGAAACUCAUGUUCAUUGUAGAUGCAUAUGAUGAGGCGACUAAUCAGGCAAAGGAGCUCAUUAGCGACAUUCUACAUACUUUACCAAGGAGCACCAUCAUCAUAACCACCAGACAACACGCGGUGUCAUACAUAGAGAUGAAGGUCUUUGAAGCCACUGGUUCAGAUUGUAUGCUUCUGAAAGUCCUAGGAUUUGGAGAGGAUAGACAGAAAAAGUACGUGCGAAAUUUCUUUCAUCUAACAUUGACGUCAGCUACAAGUGCCAGUGAAAAAGAAGAGGCAGACAGAAUGUGUACUGAAAUGGAGUCCUACCUAGACUCACUUGACAAAUGUCAUCGUGAGUUCGUUUCGUUGCCUCUAACUCUGUCACUCUUGGUCAUUUUGUGGCAAGAUAACUCCAAGAGUGCCAAGGAAGCUACAACAUUAACCAGACUGUAUCAGAAGAUAAUCAGAUACACCCUGAAGAGAUUCACUCCCGAAGAUUCGGAUGUGCGUCGAUGGAUUCUAGAUCUUGGCAAGGUAGCGUGGCAGAAUCUGAAUCGGAAAAGUCAAUGCCUCACCAACAAGGAUGUGGAAAAGUUGAUGGACUUGGGUGAUAGCCUAGGACUCCAGAAGAAACAGGUGUUGACAGCCGUCUUACAGAGUACAAGUGAAGAUUCUGCAUUAGAUCACAAGAAUUACUGGACAUUUUCUCACAAUUCCCAGCAGGAGUUUCUUGCAGCUGAGUACCUUGUGAAACAAAUUGUGUCUCAUGACAGAUUGUUGUCUGAAAUAUUAGAGAGCUACGUGGCAAAGAAAUUACAUCGAUACUUACAAGUAAUUGAGUUCGUUGCUGGACUGUUAGCUCUAGAAAAUGAAUUGUCAUUAGAAAGGGUUGAUGACAUUAUCAUUCUAAUUUCUGAUCAGACUCCAUGUGCUUUUGAAGUGAUAAAGAGACUGGCUCAUGACAUCAGUUCAGAGAACGAGCAUUUCCAUAGUAGAUUACAGAGCCUUUUCCGGGACAAAGAACUUCGACAUACUCUCGAUAAUUUUGACCCAGACUGCAUUCAGUGGAUCAUAGAGAAUACUGCCAUCAAAAUUCCAUCACAGGUAAUGCUCAUUAAUUCUGCACGUUCUGUCAUCAAAAUGAAAACGCUGCUGCACACACUAACCCAAAAGUCUAGCAAACCUCACGUCAUUGCAACCAUUGACAACAUGAAUGAUAUAGAGGACUUAAUAACUUUCAUCGAAGACCAUCGUGAGCUCAGCGUGGGCUAUACGCUUCAUAUUCAGAACUCGGUUGAUCUUUCCAUGUUGAUUAAGACCUGGAACUGGCAGUGGCCGCUGUACCUGCGCUUCCCCAAAAUUCUCUUUCCUCUCCUUUGGUGGGAGCUAAAGGUAUCACUAGUGGCGGCAGAUGUCAAGCUUUCAAGCAUCAAGUUCAGUGAAGACGUGACUCAUGCUAUAGACUUCAGGAAGGGGGUGGAGCAGUUGGGCCUCGAGUGGGUCGCCGAUUCAUCCCUGGACGCUAGUGAGGUUGUGGUCACCAGUAACUUGGUCAUGUCGUAGGAGAGUAGUCAUUCCAAAAGAUUGUUAUCUGUCAUUCCAAACCCAUUGUGUUCUAAGAAGGAUUUUUAAUCUGUGAAUGUAAAUUACCAUACGACAAUCCCAUUGACAAUCCCAUUGUUUUUCAGCUCUCUUACUGCUACUGCUUUAGUAUUACUGGCUUUUUUAGCCAAUCGAGCAAGGACAGAAUGGCUCGCUCAACCAUAAUGGAUCUGUGAUUUUAAAGUUAUAGUAUUAAGUAUGUUAUAGAAGCGACUUCCAGGCAAUACAAACUAAUUGAUAGUCAUGUAAAUGUAAAUAUUAUUUAUCAUAUACACUAGUUUUAUAACAAUUGCUUAUCUUAUUUUGAUAGAGGUGAAAUGUUUCAUUUGCAAUAAAACACCUUUGUUGAUUAA